AUGAAAGAGAAAUUCUCAUGCACAAUUCUGAAGAGUGAUGCCCUCACCAAGUACCUUUUGGAGACAAGUGCUUAUCGAAGAGAGCAUCCACAGCUCCAACAACUCAGGAACGCCUCUGUUGAGAAAUACCAACAAAUGAGCACGAUGAAUGUCCCAGUUGAUGAAGGCCAAUUUCUGUCGAUGCUUUUGAAAAUAACGAAUGCAAAGAAAACAAUCGAAAUUGGAGUUUUCACGGGAUACUCGCUUUUGGCGACUGCUCUUGCUCUCCCUAACGAUGGCAAGGUGAUUGCAAUCGAUACCGACAGAGAUGCAUACGAAACCGGGUUACCAUUUAUGGAAAAGGCCGGUGUCGCACAUAAAAUCGACUUCUUAGCUUCCGAUGCAAUGAUUGCCAUCAACAAGUUGCUUGAAAGUGGGGAAGAAGGGACAUUCGAUUUUGCAUUUAUAGACGCGGAUAAAGAAAACUACAUCAAAUACCACGAGCUUAUGCUGAAGCUGGUUAAGGUCGGGGGAAUUAUAGCCUAUGACAACACAUUGUGGGCCGGGACAGUGGCAUUGUCCGACGAGGAGUUGGGCCAAGAGUGGGUCGAGAAAAUUGGCCCAAAUCGGAUGCACCUCAAGAACUUGAACGCGUUUUUGGCGAGUGAUGAACGCGUCGAGUUGGUUCAUCUUUCGAUAGGCGACGGGCUUUCGCUUUGCAGGCGCCUA